GAGCGGGGCGGUUCGCGGCUCCUUCAGCCCGCGCCGGCGGUGGCGGUGUCGCUGAGAUGGCGGCGGGCGCUGCGCUGCUGCGGGCUCUAGGCCUCGCCGCCCUCCUGCUGCCCGCCCUGCCCCGCGGGUCGCCCGGAUCGGCGGAGCGCCGCUGCUUCUGCCAGGUCACUGGCCAUUUAGACGACUGCACCUGUGAUGUAGAAACCAUCGAUGCCUUCAACAACUACAAGCUGUUUCCUAGACUGAAUCAACUCCUGGAAAGUGACUAUUUUAGAUACUACAAAGUAAACCUAAAGAAACCUUGUCCUUUCUGGAAUGACAACAGUCACUGCGGAAUAAGAGACUGUGCCGUACAGCCCUGCCCGUCUGACGAAGUCCCUGAUGGAAUCAGAUCUGCAAGUUACAAGUAUUCAGAGGAAGCCAGCAGCCGUGCUGAAGAAUGUGAAGAAGCCAACAGACUUGGGGCUGUGGAUGAGUCACUGAGCAAGGAAACCCAGCAGGCAGUGCUGCAGUGGACGUGGCACGACGACUCUUCAGACAGCUUCUGUGAAGCCGAUGACAUCCAUUCUCCCGACGCAGAGUACGUGGAUUUACUCCUGAAUCCCGAGCGCUACACCGGCUACAAAGGGCCGGAUGCCUGGAAGAUAUGGAACAGCAUUUAUGAAGAGAACUGCUUCAAGCCUCAGAAUGUAAAAAGACCUUUGGCAUCUGGUAGAGCAGGAGACGAUGGAGGGCAGAUGUUUUACAAGUGGCUGAAAGGUGUCUGCAUAGAGAAACGAGCUUUCUACAGGCUCAUUUCUGGUCUGCAUGCAAGCAUCAACAUUCACCUGAGCGCCAGGUACCUCUUACAAGAUACGUGGUCGGAGAAGAAAUGGGGCCCCAACGUUACAGAGUUCCAGCAGAGGUUUGAUGAGGUUGUCACCAGAGGGGAAGGCCCCAGAAGACUCAAGAACCUGUAUUUUCUCUACCUGAUCGAGCUGCGGGCUCUAUCCAAAGUGCUGCCGUUCUUUGAGCGCCCAGGUUUCCAGCUGUACACAGGGAAUCAAAGUCACGAUGCAGAAGUCAAGAACCUGUUGCUGGAAGUUCUCCAUCUGGCCAAGUCCUUUCCGCUGCAUUUUGAUGAGAACUCGUUCUUUGCAGGGAAUAAAAAGGAAGCUGCUAAACUAAAGGAGGAAGUCAGGCUGCACUUCAAGAAUAUUUCUAAGAUCAUGGACUGCGUUGGCUGCUUCAAGUGUCGCCUGUGGGGGAAGCUGCAGACGCAGGGCUUGGGCACUGUGCUGAAGAUCCUAUUUUCGGAAAACCUGAUAGAAAAGAUUCCUGAAAGCGGCCCCUCCUAUGGAUUCCAGCUGACGAGGCAAGAAAUCGUGGCUCUGUUCAAUGCUUUUGGAAGGAUUUCAACGAGCGUCCGAGAACUGGAAAACUUCAGGGCCAUCUUACGGACCAUGCGGUGAAUCCAGCAGGGAAACACUGGAGCUUUCCUGCUCACGGCCUGGGUUCUUUAGCAAUGGACAAAGCCGCAAUUCCACCGCGCUCCAGACCACUGCACGGUGAAGGCUGAGCCCGGGGCUCCCUGUGGACGGACUGUCUGUAAGCUGCUGGUGCCAAAUAGUUUGGACAAAACCCAAAGAGCUCUUAUUUUCUAUAAAAGCGAGGACUAAAGGUAAAGUUUAUUUUAUAUAGCAGAUAUGAAUGAUUUCUCUAAAUAUUCCUGUAUCGUUUGGAUGGGUGAGACCACUCUCUUUACCCUCGGAAGCUGAAGGUGGAGCCAGAAGCGUGACACUGAAUAAAGUUGGGGAAAAUUCCU